CGAGUGCAUAAUGUGGAACAGCAUACAACGAUAGAGAGUUCAUAUUCUACAUUAUUUCGCAGUGCAAUCGAUUUGGUAUACACUUGAAACUGAAAACGACGCGGAAUAACACCGAUAACAUUGACACAAGUUUUUCAUGUCGAUGAAUGUGGUUCUAAAUAACGACUUAAAGAGUUUUUCAUUGGAUUCAAAAUAGCAUCUGAAAUGUUCGCUUUAUCAAUUAUAUGUAAUUCACUUUUUGUGCUACUGGACGGUACAAGCGUACUUGUUUUCAUUGUGACAUUUCUACUGAUCUACUGGUCAACACGGAGACAUCCUGGCAUACCUCCUGGCCCUGGUCGCUGGCCGAUCAUCGGUAACCUGGGGUCGCUAGCGGGACCGGACACACUCAAAGUAUUCCGAGAUCUUCGCUGUAAAUACGGCGACGUAUUUGCACUGUAUUUUGGUUCGGAACUUACCGUUGUACUGAACGGAUACGAAGCUAUAAAGGACGCGUUCUUAAAGCAAGGUCGCUAUUUUUCAUUUCGACCCGAGAAUGACUUCACAGCCCGUUCAAUAAUCACGGAUCUGGUAUUCGGUAAUGGUCCUGAGUGGAAAGCAAAACGUGUGUACAUUAUGAACGCUUUCCGCGAUAUAUGUUUUAUCAGGAAUGGCGCCGUCUUGGAGAAAAUUGUACACGAGGAACUAGACUUGCUAAUUGACGAUAUUACACACAUCGAGAAACCGUUUUGUCCAAGAAAAACAAUGUCACUUAGCUUUGCCAGUGUGAUGUUUAACAUCCUUCACGGUAAACGACCCGAACGCGAUGAUAAACGAUUUCAGUGGUAUCUUGACGAACUUGACUUAGGGUUUCAGCGCUUUCUAAAGACUCAAUUGCGGCAUUAUUGUUUCCCAUGGUUGGACAAACUUCCUGGUGACCUGCUUCGAUUUCAAUAUAUAAAGGAAAAAUCAGCAUUAUUGACCGAGUAUUUUGAUGAAGUUUUUAAGCAGAGAGAGGCGGUUGCUCUACAACGAUCCCGGGAUUGCUUGUUAGAUAUCUUCCUGUCUGAGGACAGCCCCGUGGCACGUGACGAGAUUUGCUACCCUGAAGUCCAGGCCAAAUUACACGCCGAGAUCACGCGAAAGAUCGGUAAAGAGUUACCUGCGAUAAGUGACCGUUCCGAUGUUCCAUACGUGGAAGCUGUGAUACUGGAAACUUUGCGGAUUGGAAGCAACGUGCCUUUGGCCGUGCCUCAUUUUGUGAAGGAGGACGCGUCAUUUAGAGGUUUCUAUAUACCCAACGGCACAACUAUCAUCGCAAAUGUAACCUCCGUGCACCACGAUCCAUCAGUGUUUCCAGAUCCUUUCGCAUUCAGGCCAGAGCGUUUCCUCGAUGAAUCCGGACGUGUUUUGCAAGCAUCGGAGCAAGUGAUCCCGUUUUCUAUGGGUCAAAGGUCGUGUAUAGGGGAAUCCAUCGCACGCAUCGAACUGUUCCUGUAUGUGACAAGGAUUGUACAAAACGUGGAGUUCAGAUUACCUGCUGGUUGCAAAAGGCCAACACUUAAUGGUGUUUUCGGAAUAACGUACAGACCCGAGGACUAUAAUGUAGAUAUUGCGAAGAGGAAUUAGAACUAAACUUUGAGUGAAGCACAGUCAAUUCAAAGGUGCUGUUAUUUGAUACGAACCAUAUUGGAAUAGUCCGGCAACAUUUGGCAUGUCCAAAGACCUGUAUAUUGAUAGGUCUUUGGCAUGUCUAUGGAAUGAAAAUGGUGUUGGUCCGUAUUCCGUAUUUUGUUGAAUUUUCAAAUGAGCACAGUAAGAUGUUUUAUCCGAAACACGUUUAAUAAUUUCAAUCUUAACCCGACGUUAACAAAUGCAAGUUCAAAUAAAUAGUGCUCUUGUAUUAUUUGUCGAUCAUUUGCCCUAAUAAAAGAGCGCUAAAAUUAUGCUACAUUUAUACAACGUCACGCCAUCAGCAUGGGAAGCGUUGGUGUUGCGAUUUUUGUAUACAAACUUUAUAGCGCGGAGAACAUUUAGAAUUUGUUGCAAAACACGCUUAGCAGAUCUUCUGACUGCAGUGUAGACUACGAUGUUUUGACAAAAGCUAUCUAUACACAUGUGCGAAUGCAACUCUUUGCCGGUGUACUAGUCCAUAGUUACCGACAAUAAAUUGUUUUGAAUUUCCUUAUGGUUUUAAUCAAUACGUUUUAUGCAUAAAAUGGAUGAAAUAAAGCACUGAUACAUAUA